AUGUCCGGGGCGGAGGUGCUGGACACCCAGGGACCUGCAGGCGCUGUGGAAUGCACAGGGGACGUCCCCUCUCUUAAAGAAAUCGAGCAGCUCCUGAACACCGGGCGGCCCUCUUGCAACCACGUUGAUGAAGUAUGGCCUAAUCUCUUUCUAGGAGACCUAGUAACAGCUCACAACAGAUUUAUUUUGUGGAAGAUGGGCGUGACCCAUGUUUUAAAUGCUGCCCAUGGCACAGCCUACAGCCACGGAGGCCAGGACUAUUAUGGAGCGACCAUUCAUUAUUAUGGUGUACCAGCCCAUGACCUGCCAAGCUUUGAUAUAAGCCAGUUCUUUUUCUCCGCAGCACAAUUUAUCCACAAAGCCUUGAACACUCCAGGAGCUAAAAUAUUGGUACAUUGUGCAGUUGGAGUAAGCAGGUCAGCUUCCCUAGUCCUGGCAUAUCUCAUGAUAAAUCACCACCUCCCAUUAGUUGAAGCCAUCAAAACAGUGAAGGAGCAUCGAUGGAUUUCACCCAAUCGUGGCUUUCUGAAACACCUGCGAAAUCUGGAUGUUCAGCUACGGCAAAAGAGGGACUGCUGACUGGGCAAACCUAUUUGCAUUCACUUUACUGAGUUUCAGCCUUCACAGUCAUUGUGCAUACACAACUUCCUAUGAUCAGUGCAUGUUACAAAAAUGAAGAAAAUUAUGCAUCAAAGUAAAAGGUCAAGAGAACUGUAAAUGGAUUAAUUUUGAUAGUUCAGUUCCUCCAAGACCAGCUCAACCAACAUCAGCACUGUAAGCACUGUGGAGCUGCCCUGCCUACAGUGGCACUACCAUAUAAAUCCACUAAAGUGGUUAAGAUGGACCGAGUUUGUUCCUGGUUUGUGCUAAUGCCAGAGGAAAGUUCAGUAAUUGCAUCUAGCUGUAAAGGAUGUUUGAGUCUCCUUUACUUGGGAGGGUAACAUAAUCAUCUUCGUCAGUUUGGUUACAGUUCUCAUAUGCAUGUUCUCAUAAGAAAAGCUUUUUGUGUUUGAGGCCUGGUUAUGUGGCAAGGGCAGUUUCUUAAGAGCCCAGGGACUCCUACAGAAACAUUCCUCUUUCACAGGUCUGCUAAAUAUUACAGUGCAAUAGAAAGCUGUGACAGCCAGAAGACCCACACCAGCAGAAUAAACGUCUGUGAAGCUCUCUGCAGUUUGGGUCAGCAAAACCACAAAUCUUUUCUUGUUAAAUACAUUUUCAGCAAGAUAAUGUAUAUCAUGUAGUAUAUUGAGGACAUUAAAAAAUGUCAGGUCUCUGAAGCA